AUGGGCAACUAUGUGUUUCUGGGCAAUGUCUUUCGCUCAACAUUACCUCGGGCACUUCUUCCAGUUGUGGCUCUAAUGGGAGGUGCCAACCAGGAUCUUAUUGCUCAAACAACGAGUGUGCACCUAUCCAGAUCUCAACCGACUUGUCGCAGUGCGGAAGCAGCUCAGAAUCCUGCGGAAGCAACCGGGGUCGCCUGUGGUGCUGGGUCUGGAGGUCCUGGAGCACGUAUUCCCGGUGCAGAUGAGGAUGGAGACACACAGUUGAAUGACGAAGGUAGUCCCUCUGGAGCAAGCGGCAGCUCUGGUGGCAGUGAUUCGAAUAGCAAUGGCUCGGGAGACAAUGCCUCCGGCCGAAAUGGAGGAUCUUCUGAUGGAAGUGGCCAAGACAAUGCAUCUGGCAAUGGAGAUUCAUAG